UUUGGGAACUGUCAACAAAGUGUCAGUGUCGCAUGCUUGAACCACGUGAAAAAUAAAUAAAACUAUUUCAUUGAAGAUAUUUUAAGUUCAAAAGCUUUAUAAUUGAGAAGAAGUAUGGUAGUAGCUGAAACGAUGAAUAAACCUGUCCUCAAAGUAUCUAUGGAUUCAGAUUCAUCAAGUGCAGAUGAAUCAGAAGCAUCUGAUAAUGAGUCUCCAGUCGAAAACGAAGAAGCAAUGGAAGAGCCGGAGGAUGGGAUAGAAGCCGACGCCGAAAGUGGUGCGUCUGACGAAGAUAGUAUUGCUUCAGAUGGCGAAAGUUCAGACAAAGCAGAAGACAGUAAAACCGCUCUUGUAACCAAUGAGGGCUGGGCAGACUCUGUUGCCAAAAUUUUAGGUUCAAGCAAACCUAAGAAUAAAAAGACUUUAGUGUUAUCUAGAGCAAAGAAACAUUCUGAAAUAAUCAAGACUGUGAAAGAAGAAAAACCGGCUUUUGAGGUUAUCGGUGACACAGAGGAGAAGAAACCAGAGGUCAAGAAAGAAGAAAUAACAACAUCUGAACCACCUGCAAAGAAAGUGAAACAUGACAAGCCUUCCAUCAGAGUAAAACCAAAUAUACUUGAAAAGGACAGAGAAAGGUUAUUAAAUAAAAUAGCUACUAAAGGUGUGGUACAGCUGUUCAAUGCUGUUAGAAAUCAACAAAAGAGUUUAGAACAAGAAAUGGACAGAAAUGAUCUGUCUGAAAGUAAGAAAGAGAAGAUAUUAAAGAAGUUUGAUAAGAGAGCCUUUUUGGACACACUGAUGGGACAGAGCAAGUCAAUCAUUGUGGAUGAAGAAACUAAAGUUGCAAAGAAUGAAGUUAAAGAUGAGGACAAACCAAAAUGGAGUGCACUCAGAGAUGACUUCAUGAUGGGAGCAAAAAUGAAGGAUUGGGAUAAAGAGUCUGUUGAUGAAUGACAUUAAAAUAGUUUUAAGUACUAUUUAAUAAAUAAUUGUAAAUAUUAAA